AUGGAUCGUGAGAAUCAUGGAUCUACAUCAGAAAAUGCAGAUUCAAUAUCCAUUGCUCCAUUAAGAAUUUCACCGAAGUCACCGAGAUCAACUUCUAAGUCACCAAAAUCUCCGAAGUCUCCAAAAUCUCCAAGGUCUCCUAAUUCUCCAAGGUCUCCAAGGUCUCCUAAUUCUCCAAGGUCUCCAAGGUUCUCUGAGUUCAUCUAUUGUUGCAACAAUAUCAUCAGUUGUGGUGCUGGAGGAAAAGGUACUUGGGGUGGAUUGCUUGAUACAGAUGACAAUGGCACUCUUGAUCCCAAUGAUCCAAACUAUGACAGCACUGAGGAAUAUGAGCGUUCAAAUGAAAAGAAAAAGUCAACAACACCACCAGAUUUGGUGGAUUACAAGAAAAAAGCAACAGUAAUUGUAGAAGAAUACUUUGCAACUGAUGAUGUUGUUGCAACAAUAGAUGAACUCAGAGAACUUGGAAAGCCACAGUAUGGCUACUAUUUUGUCAAGAAGCUUGUGUCUAUGUCAAUGGAUAGACAUGACAAGGAAAAAGAAAUGGCAGCUAUUCUAUUAUCUGCACUCUAUGCUGACACAUUUCACCCUUCACAAGUUUACAAAGGCUUCAGCAAAUUAGUCGAAUCGGCCGACGAUUUGAUCGUUGAUAUACCGGACACAGUGGAUGUUCUAGCACUUUUUUUAGCCAGAGCAGUUGUUGAUGACAUUCUCCCCCCUGCAUUCUUGAAGAAACAGAUGGACUACUUGCCAAAAGAUUCGAAAGGCGUCGAGGUCUUGAAGAAAGCAGAGAAGAGUUACCUUGCAGCUCCUCUCCACGCAGAAAUAAUCGAGCGAAGAUGGGGAGGCAGCAAGAAUAUGACAGUUGAUGAUGUCAAGUCAAGGAUAAACAAUUUCUUGAAGGAGUAUGUAGUGAGUGGUGACAAGAAAGAAGCCUUCAGAUGCAUCAAAGAUUUGAAAGUUCCAUUCUUCCAUCAUGAAAUUGUUAAGAGAGCUCUUAUAAUGGCUAUGGAGAGGCGCCAAGCCGAAGCGCCACUACUAGACCUUCUAAAAGAGGCUGCUGAAGAAGGUUUCAUAAACUCUAGCCAAAUCUCCAAAGGCUUCAGUAGGCUGAUAGAUACAGUUGAUGAUUUAUCCCUUGACAUACCGAAUGCUCGCGAAAUUCUGCAGCAAUUAAUAUCUAAAGCAGCAUCUGAGGGUUGGUUGUGUGUGUCAUCAUUGAAAUCACUCUCAGUGGAGCCAGAGAGGAACUCAAUUACAGAUAGUGCUGCUGCUAGAAGCUUCAAGAUUAAGUCUCAGAGUAUUAUUCAGGAGUACUUUUUAUCCGGUGACAUAUUAGAGGUGAAUAGUUGCAUAGAGCAAGAGAACAAAAACAACAGUGCUGAAUUAAAUGCAAUCUUUGUUAAGAAACUGAUAACUCUGGCUAUGGACAGAAAGAAUAGGGAGAAAGAAAUGGCUUCUGUGCUGCUUUCUUCGCUUUGUUUCCCGGCCGAUGAUGUGGUGAAUGGUUUUGUAAUGCUGAUUGAAUCAGCAGAUGACACUGCUCUGGACAAUCCUGUUGUUGUUGAGGAUCUUGCAAUGUUUCUAGCAAGAGCAGUUGUGGAUGAAGUCCUGGCUCCACAGAAUCUUGAGGAGAUUGGAUCUCAGUGUUUGUCUCCGGAUUCCAUUGGAAGCAAAGUGCUAAGAAUGGCAAAGUCUUCUCUGAAGGCAACUCUCUCAGGGGAGAGAAUCUUGAGGUGUUGGGGUGGAGGAGGAAGCAGCAGGACCGGUUGGGCCGUGGAAGAUGUUAAGGACAAGAUAGGGAAGCUUCUAGAAGAGUAUGAAUCCGGCGGCGAUAUAAGAGAAGCUUGUCGCUGUAUAAAAGAAUUAGGAAUGCCAUUCUUCCACCAUGAAGUUGUUAAGAAAUCUUUGGUGACAAUCAUGGAGAAGAAGAAUGAGAGGUUAUGGGGACUACUCAAAGAAUGCUUUGAAUCAGGACUAAUAACAUUCAACCAAAUGAUGAAGGGGUUUGGAAGAGUUGCAGAAUCUCUUGAUGAUUUGGCUUUGGAUGUUCCUGAUGCUAGAACUCAGUUUGCAAAAUAUGUUGAGAGAGCAAAGAAUAAAGGGUGGUUGGACAAUUCAUUUUGUUUUGGCAAACAAGAACAUGAGAAUGGCACUUGUUAAUUGUUUGUG